AUGAUUGCAUUGAUGAGACAAAUAGAAUCUACUCUCCAUUGCAAAAGAAUUGGGGUUGGAGUGUGUAAGUGUGUUUCUGUAGUGUGGAUGGACGAAAUAUGUCAACGACUUAAUAAGGGAAAAGAAAUGCUACGACAAGGGUUUAAUGUGAGUAAAGCGGAGGAGGUAAUAAAAGAAAAGGUGUAUGUUCCAAUGAUUGAAAAAAGAUGGAUCAAAGCUGUUAAAAGUGGAGUGUAUUCACACACUCUACUCAAUGAAAAUUGUGUUAUUGGAAAAGAUGUUGUGAUAUUAUCUGAAGGCUAUCAGAAGCAACUUGAAAGUCUCAGAGGAAAAAUGGACUUCUCAUGGGUACCUGAAGUGACUGUCAUCGAAAUUUAUGGCAUGACUAAAUUAAUUCGAGAGUAUCCAGUAAUUACAAUAUCUGUUUUUGGUAUCCCAGAAGCACAAAAAGUUGUUGAAGUGUCUUCUAUACCAAAUGAGGAGGUGGAGAGUUUCCACAAAAGAGUGUCAAAAAUAUUAAAAAUAGAAAAAAGUGAAAGUACAUUGAGUUUCAAAGGAAGGGUCCUCACAGAAAAAGAUAAAGUGUGUUCGCCAGUGUGUUUAAAUGUUGUCAACAAGUUAACUGCUUUUUCUGCAACUGGGAGCACUUUUGGUCUGUCCAUUUUUUAG